CCCCCGCACCCCCGCUGUGAUCGGUGGUGUGCUGUGUCCCUGGGACACAGCAGAUCACCGAUCAGUGGAAAAAGCCGAUGGCGUCAGCUCUGUCAUGUGAUCAGCUAUGUCCAAUCACAGCUGGGACACCUACACUGAUCAUCAGGGCACUGAUGAACAGUGUAGCCCCAUCAGUGCCACCUGUCUGUGUCCAUCAAUGCCACCUGUCAGUGCCCAUCAUUGCACAUCAAUGCCACAUAUCAGUGCCCAUCUGAGCUGCCUUUCAGUGACAACUAUCAGUGCCACCUAUCUGUGCCAGUCAGUGCUGCCUAUGAGU